UAUGGGUCGCCCAGUUCACCUUGGGAAGCCACAGCAGGCAACAACCCAAAGCCAGUAACAUAAUUAGGAGCCUUUUUAACUUCUCCUCCAUCAGUUUUGCUUUGGCCUUGCCCCUUCCUGACCAGGCCUCCAUGCCGGAAAAUCAGCAACAGUCGGCUUCAUCGAAUAUGUCUGAUCAACAGCAAACUAACAACACCACUGUCGUUGCUUACCCUGUGCACCCCAAUAAUCCUCGAUCUGUUCUACGACUGGCCUUGUUCCCCAUAACUCUGAAGUUUGAAGAAGUGGUAUACAAAGUAAAAUUGGAGCAGAAAGAAUCCUGCUGUUGGGGUGGCAAAUGGAGCAGCAGAGAGAAGACUAUAUUGAAUGGGAUAACAGGGAUGGUCUGCCCGGGAGAGAUCCUGGCGAUGCUGGGGCCGUCGGGCAGCGGCAAGACGACCCUCCUGACAGCUCUUGGUGGGAGGUUGAAUGGAAAGCUGUCUGGGAAGAUUACAUACAAUGGGCAGCCCUUCUCUGGUGUCAUUAAGCGAAGGACAGGAUUUGUGGCACAGGACGACGUGCUCUACCCACAUCUCACCGUGACUGAGACCUUGGUUUUCACUGCACUACUAAGGUUGCCCAACACCCUAACUCGGGAUGAGAAAGCCCAGCACGCCGAGCAUGUAAUCGUUGAGCUGGGGCUGACCCGGUGCAGGAAUAGCAUGAUAGGAGGUCCUCUCUUUAGAGGGAUAUCAGGUGGCGAGAAGAAGAGAGUCAGCAUAGGCCAAGAAAUGCUUAUCAACCCAAGUCUUCUCCUGCUGGAUGAACCCACCUCGGGUUUGGACUCCACCACUGCUCAGCGCAUCCUGACCACUGUCAAACGCCUCGCCAGUGGGGGCCGAACCGUUGUCACCACCAUUCACCAGCCAUCCAGCCGACUGUACCACAUGUUUGACAAGGUGGUCUUGCUCUCUGAGGGCUGCCCCAUCUACCAUGGCCCAGCGUCAGCUGCACUGGAUUACUUCUCUAGUAUUGGGUUCUCAACGUCCGUCACCGUCAACCCUGCUGAUGUUUUACUUGAUCUUGCCAACGGGAUUGCACCGGAUUCCAAGCAUGUCACUGAACAAGGUGAUUUACAGGCCAACAUGGAACAGGAGCAGAAAUCAGUGAGGGAGGCCCUCAUCUCUGCUUAUGACAAAAACAUUGCUACCAGGCUGAAGGCAGAACUCUGCAGUUUGGAUGUAAAUAACUAUGGCUAUGCAAGAGAUGCAUCUGCAAGGAAUGCUGCCAAGUUGGAACAAUGGGGCACAAGCUGGUGCCAGCAAUUCAAGGUGCUGCUAAGGAGAGGACUGAAGGAACGGAGGUAUGAAUCUUUCAACAGAUUACGUAUCUUCCAGGUCAUAAGUGUUGCUACUCUUGGUGGUCUUCUUUGGUGGCAUACCCCAGCGUCCCAUCUCCAGGACCGGAUUGCCUUGAUCUUUUUCUUCUCUGUAUUCUGGGGCUUCUUCCCACUGUACAAUGCCGUCUUCACAUUCCCCCAAGAACGAUUGAUGCUUAUCAAAGAACGCUCUUCUGGAAUGUACCGCCUCUCCUCCUACUUCCUCGCCAGAACCGUGGGAGACCUGCCGAUGGAGCUCGCUCUGCCAACUGCCUUCACAAUCAUAAUCUACUGGAUGGGUGGACUCAAGCCUGACUUCACCACCUUCAUUCUCUCCUGGCUAAUCGUUCUCUAUAAUGUUCUUGUAUCCCAGAGCCUUGGUCUUGCAUUUGGUGCCAUCCUCAUGGACGUCAAACAGGCCACCACCUUGGCCUCUGUGACCACCCUAGUCUUCUUGAUAGCCGGGGGCUACUACGUACAGCAGAUCCCUCCCUUCAUUGUCUGGUUGAAGUACUUGAGCUACAGCUACUACUGUUACAAGAUGCUUCUUGGGGUUCAGUACAGUGAGAAUGACUAUUACGAGUGUUCAGAGGGAGUUUUCUGCCGAGUAGCUGAAUUUCCUGCUGUUAAGGCUGUGGGUCUGAACCACUUGUGGGUGGAUGUAUCCAUAAUGGCCAUGAUGUUAGUUGGCUAUCGACUUAUUGCUUACAUGGCAUUACACAGGGUGCGUGUGAGGUAAUCAACAGUCAGUGACCAAUCCAUCAGAGCUCAGAGGACCAAUUUCGUCCAAGAAAAACAGACGGUUGAAGAGUUUUCUCUUUCUUCAACUGUGGAAUAACGUUUGUUGCAAAAUUAGUUUAUCAGACAUGUAGAUCAUCAACCCUAUUGAUCCUUGUCGGAGUUGCAUGUACUCGCCUUCUGUAAUAAUUAAAUAUACUAACUCGAAUUUUUAUUUC